CAGAACAAAACACUGAGCCAUCAUGAGAGAAUAAAAUAGAACUUUUAAAACUUUAUUUCUGUCAUUAUGCUGCGUGUCGCGGUGGAAUCUGCGGCGGGUCUUCCCAAAAAGAAGCUCGGUAACCCGGACCCCAUCACAUCCAUCGUCUUUAAAGGUGAAACAAAGAAAACCCGCUCAGUCAGCAGUGAAGUUAAUCCAGUCUGGAAGGAGACCCUUGUAUUUGAUUUGAAAGGUUCUCCACUUGAUUCUUCUUCCUUCAUUGAUGUUAUCGUAAAAGACUUUGAGACCCUUGGAAAAGACAAGUUUCUCGGCUCAGCUAAAGUUUAUCUAACAGAUCUAGCGAGCAAUCAAGUGAAGUCGCUCCCCUCAAAAAAUCUGGCUUUGGUGAAUGAAAGUGGGCAGAAUAUUGGUGCCACGAUCGAUCUGGUAAUAAGUUAUGAACCACCAGCCAGUGCCGUUCCCAACCCAAACGAUCAGCCGGACGGCGGUGUGGCAGGAAAUGCAGGUGGAGAUGAUGCGGCUGAUACAGGCGGCGCACCGUCGUCUGCUCAACCAAACCAAAGACUUCAGCUCAGGACUAGAACUCAGCACAGACCUUUAUCCAACAAACCACAGGACUUCCAGAUCCGGGUUCGAGUGAUUGAGGGUCGUCAGUUGCCUGGAAACAACAUAAAGCCCGUUGUGAAAGUUCAUGUUUGUGGUGAAACUCACAGAACUCGCAUCAAGAAAGGAAAUAACCCGUACUACGACGAGAUGUUCUUUUACAACCUCAACAUGUUGCCGUCAGACCUCUUCGAUCAACACGUCAGCAUACGGGUGUAUAACUCCUCAUCACUCAGAGCCGACAGUUUGAUGGGAGAAUUUAAGGUGGAUGUUGGUUUUAUCUACGAUGAACCGGCUCACAGCAUCAUGAGAAAAUGGCUGCUGUUAAACGAUCCUGACGACACCAGCUGUGGAGCGAAAGGCUACCUGAAAGUUAGCAUGUUCAUCAUCGGGACAGGAGAUCAUCCUCCGGUGGAGAUGAGGGAACGGAGCGCUGAUGAUGAUGAUGUGGAGAAUAACCUGCUGCUGCCGGCUGGAGUCGCCCUCCGAUGGGUCACACUGCAGCUCAAAGUGUUUCGUGCUGAAGACGUCCCACAAAUGGACGACUCCAUCGCUCAGUCCUUAAAGGAAGCGUUCGGGGGGCAAAGCAAUAAGAAGAAUCUUGUGGAUCCGUUUGUUGAGGCUUGGUUUGCUGGAAAGAAGCUCUGCACCAGAAUAAUAGAGAAGAAUUCGAACCCUGAGUGGAACCAGGUUCUGAACCUGCAGGUGAAGUUUCCAUCCAUGUGUGAACGGAUCAGACUGACGGUGUUCGACUGGGACAGACUGACCAGGAAUGACGCCAUCGGCACCACAUACCUAAAUCUGACUGCAAUAGCGUCAUCUGGUGGUGAAUCUGAAGAUCAGGAUCCAGAGAAAGAGUAUCGAGGAAAGGAAGUGUAUUUAGAAAACGCCGGCGAGACUCAGACUGGUUUUCUACCUGCAUUUGGUCCAAGUUACAUUAAUCUAUACGGCAGCCCCAGAGAGUUCACGGGUUUUCCUGACCCUUAUGAAGACCUGAACUUUGGAAAGGGAGAAGGGGUGGCAUACAGGGGUCGAGUUCUCAUUGAACUUUCCACCAAACUUGAGGGAAAGGCGGAGAAGGAAGUGGAGGAAAUACUGAAUGACGACAUCCUGGUUACUCAGAAAUACCAGCGAAGGAGGAAGUACUGCCUGAGUGCGGUGUUCCACAGCGCCACCAUGAUACAGGAGCCGGGAGAACCCAUUCAGUUUGAAGUUAGUAUCGGAAAUUAUGGCAAUAAACUGGACUCAACAUGCGUCCCGUUAGCUUCAACCACCCAGUACAGCUGUGCCGUGUUUGACGGGAAUUGUUAUUACUACCUGCCCUGGGCGAACACCAAACCUGUCGUGGCCAUCAUGUCGUACUGGGAGGACAUCAGUCAUCGCCUAGAUGCUGUGAACAUCAUUCUGUACAUCGCACACCGUCUGAAAGAAAACAUCAGCGAGCUGAAGAACGCGGUGCAGGCCAAACUGUCAGAUACAAAACUCUACGAGAUCUGGAACAAGCUUAUCACCCAGCUGAUGGACGAUCUCAACAGUUUUAAACUCCCGGACCUGGUGGGAACGUCUAAUCUUACAGCUCUGGACAUCCAGAUUAAGAAGCUGCGUGAUAAUGUGCUGAAGAACAUCCUGAGUUCAGCCGACUGCGUGUUACAUGAGAGUCGUGACGUUAGAGAGAGUCUGAGCACCAUCGACAGCUGGCUGGACAAACUCCUACAACUGGCUGAAGAGCCCCAGAACAGCAUGCCAGAUGUGAUCAUCUGGAUGUUGAGAGGAGAAAAGAGGGUGGCGUACUGUCGCGUCCCAGCUCUUCAUGUGCUGUACUCAGCGUACAGUGAGCAGGCGUGUGGUCAGUUCUGUGGAAAAACACAGACCGUCUUCCUGAAGUACCCCAUGGAUAAAAACAAGGGUUCCAAGGUUCCUGCCCAAAUACAGAUAAAUAUGUGGCUCGGAUUAGCGGCGCAUGAGAAGAAGUUUAACGCUUUUGCUGAAGGAACGUUCAACGUUUUUGCUGAGCUGUAUGAAAACCAGGCGAAGAUGUUGGGGAAGUGGGGCACGGCGGGUCUGCUGAACCGCAGUAAGUUCUCUGACGUGACGGGUAAAGUGAAGCUGAAGCAGGAGUAUUUCAUGCCCUCUACAGGCUGGCAGUGGGAGGGCGAGUGGUUCGUCGAUCCAGAGCAGAGUUUGCUGACAGAGGCGGAUGCUGGACACACCGAGUUCCUGGAGGAGGUUUAUGAAAAUCAGACUCGCUACCCUGGAGGAGAGUGGGCGCCGGCCGCAGAACCUUAUACAGAUGUGAAUGGAGAGAAAGCUCUUCGUCCCGAUGAUAUAGAAUGCCCUCCUGGAUGGAAAUGGAUGGACGAGUGGAUGUUUGAUGAUAAACGGGCGGUGGAUGAGAGGGGGUGGGAGUACGGAGUUACGAUUCCUCCUGAUGAUAAACCGAAGUCCUGGGUGGCGGCUGAAAAGAUGUACCACGUCCAUCGUCGUAGAAGGAAGAUUCGAUGGCGUAAAAAGGUGGCGGGUGCAGGCGCUGCCGCUAAGCUGAAAGAUGUCGUGGACCUGGAGGGAUGGGAGUUCUCUUCUCUCGUUGGCUGGAAGUUCCAUAAAAACGAGCGCUCCUCUGAUUCGUUCCGCCGACGCCGCUGGCGAAAGAAAAUGGCUCCGUCUGAUCGCAUCGGUGCUUCAGCUAUCUUCAAACUGGAGGGGGGACUGGGGAUUGAUGUGGAACAAAAGGGAGAAAAAGAAUCAAAAUCAGAGGCCACAAACUUACUGGGAGCCAAUACUCCCAACGUGUCGUGUUCAUUCGACCGAUCGUGUGAGUACCACCUCCGGGUUUACGUUUAUCAGGCCAGAAACCUGCUCGCCCUGGACAAAGAUAGUUUCUCAGAUCCAUACGUGCACGUUUCAUUUCUACACAUGAGCCAGACCACAGAAACCAUCAAGUCCACACUGAACCCCACCUGGGAUCAAACCCUCAUCUUCAACAGUGUGGAAAUCGUCGGUGACCCCCAGUCUCUCGCCCUCAACCCACCUCAAGUCAUGCUGGAGAUCUUUGACAGUGACCAAGUGGGUAAAGACGAGCCCCUCGGCAGGAGUAUCUGUGUGCCGCUAGUAAAACUGAUACCAGACGUAGACGCGUCACCUAAACUGAUCUGGUGUCCAGUGGUGCACAAGGAAACGCCCGCCGGACAGAUCCUGGUCUCUGCAGAGCUCAUUCUGAAGAACAAGGGAGGUGAGACGGAUCUUCCUCUGGUCCCCCCCAAAAAAAGAGACGUGCUGUACAUGGUGCCUCAGGGUAUUCGGCCGGUGGUGCAGCUGACUGCUAUCGAGGUACUGGCGUGGGGUUUGCGUAACAUGAAGACGUACCAGUUGGCACCGGUGUCCUCGCCCAGCCUGGUGGUGGAGUGUGGAGGUGAGAGGAUUCAGUCAGCCGUCAUCAAGAACAUGAAGAGGAGCCCAAACUUCCCUGGAAAUGUUCUAGUAAUGAAAGUGCUCCUGCCUAAAGACGAGAUGUACACGCCUCCGAUAGUGCUGAAGGUGAUUGAUCACAGACCGUUUGGCAGGAAGCCUGUAGUUGGCCAGUGCACCAUUGACACACUGGAGGAGUUCCGAUGCAACCCGUACGACACCGUCGCUGAAGUGGCCAUGUCAUCUAAAGUGGCUCUGAUGGCGGCGGCUCCUCAGGAGCUUCACAUAAACAUAGAGGAACGUCCUCUACUAGAGACGCAGUUUUUACACGGCAUCUCAGCAGCUGUAGACAAAAUGGCUCCAUCAGUUCCUCUGCGUCAAGAAAAGGAGAAGGAGACGAUCGAUUGGUGGAGCAAGUUUUACGCUUCUGUUGGAGAUCAUGAGAAAUGUGGGCCGUACCUUCAGAAAGGAUACGACACCCUGAAGGUGUUUGAUGGAGAACUUGAGAGCGUUUCUGAGUAUAAAGGACUGACUGAUUUCUGUAACACAUUUAAACUCUGUCGGGGCAGAAGUGACGACGGUGAGGACGACCCGAGUGUAGUCGGAGAAUUCAAGGGUUCCUUUAAGAUCUAUCCUCUAUCAGAUGACCCCAGCGUGCGACCACCUCCACAGCAGUUCCGAGAGCUUCCUGACAGCGGCCCGCAGGAGUGCCUGGUCAGGAUCUACGUGGUCAGAGCGAUUGACCUGCAGCCCAAAGACAACAACGGUUUAUGUGACCCCUAUAUAAAGAUCGCUUUGGGAAAGAAGAGCAUUGAUGACAGAGACAAUUACAUUCCAAAUACCACCAGUCCGGUGUUUGGAAGAAUGUUUGAGAUGUCGUGUUUCCUCCCUCAAGAUAAAGAUCUGAAGAUCUCCGUGUAUGACUUUGAUCUUCUGGCUCGGGAUGAGAAAGUGGGCGAGACGGUUAUUGAUCUGGAGAAUCGUUUCCUUUCACGUUUCGGCUCGUACUGCGGCGUCCCUCAGACCUACUGCACAUCCGGUCCAAACCAGUGGCGGGAUCAGCUGAAGCCCUCCCAGAUUUUACAGAACCACGCCCGUCUGAAAGGAGUUUCAGCUCCGAGAACCGAGGACAACGGGAACACCCUGAGCUUCAACGGCCAGGAGUAUCAACUCUCCGACUUUGAGGCUAACAAGGAAAUCCACCAGCACCUGGGACCCCCGAAUGAACGAAUCGCUUUACAUGUUCUCCGAACACAAGGACUCGUACCCGAGCACGUAGAAACCAGAACGCUCUACAGCAGCUUCCAGCCCACGCUGUCUCAGGGAACUCUUCAGAUGUGGGUUGAUGUUUUCCCCAAAACUCUUGGACUUCCUGGUGCUCCGUUUGAUAUUUCUCCACGCAAAGCUAAAAAAUUUUCAUUACGCGUGAUUGUUUGGAACACGACUAACGUCAUCCUGGAUGAGACAAGCAUCACCGGGGAGCACAUGAGUGAUAUUUAUGUGAAGGGCUGGAUGGCAGGAAAGGAGGAAGAUAAACAGAAGACUGACGUCCAUUACAGAUCUCUGGAUGGUGAUGGAAACUUUAACUGGAGAUUUAUCUUUAAUUUUGAUUACCUGCCGGCAGAACAACUCUGUUUAGUUUCUAAAAAGGAACAUUUCUGGAGUCUGGAUAAAACGGAGUUCAGAAUUCCACCUCAGCUGAUCAUCCAGAUUUGGGACAAUGAUAAAUUUUCUCUGGACGAUUACCUGGGAACCGUGGAGCUGAACCUGCACCAUCUCAUCUCACCUGCAAAAACUCCAGAGAAGUGUAGACUCACCAUGCUGGACAACAUCAACAAACCAGUUCAGAAGUUCGACCAGUCCAAGUCCCUGUUCGCUCAGAAGUCGGUUCGGGGAUGGUGGCCCUGUUACAUCGAGAAGAACGGGAAGAAGGAGCUGGGUGGGAAAGUGGAAAUUACGCUGGAGAUCGUGAAUGAGAAGGAAGAAGAUGAGAGACCAGCAGGAAAAGGUCGAGAUGAACCCAACAUGAACCCAAAACUCAACCCACCCAACCGACCGGAAACGUCGUUCUUCUGGUUCACCAACCCGUGUAAGACCAUGAAGUUCAUCGUGUGGAGGAGAUUCAAGUGGAUCUUUAUCGGAAUGUUGUUGUUGAUACUGGUGCUGCUGUUUUUUGGAAUCCUCCUGUAUUCAUUACCAAAUUACAUAUCGAUGAAAAUUGUGAAGCCUCUUCGAUGAGACGCACACAGAAACAACACGCCACAUGAACACUUUUUAUUUUUAACUGAUUAUUCUUAAAUGUUUACAAACAGAAUCAAAUGUUGUUUACUGCAAUCAGUGGAAGCAAUAAAACUGAUUUUAAUAAACUGGA